AGUAGGAUUAAUGCAUUCGUGGGCGGGCUAUACUAGAAUAGUCUGCAGAACAGUAUUUUAGGUUGUUAUUUCUAAACUAAUAAUCAACACAGACCCAUUAUAUUAGGAAAAAUGGAGGAUACAAGGCCUGAGGAGACCAAUGUGGAAGAGCAGAAAGAGGAGGAGAAUAAGGUCUAUCCAGAGAAACUGGAGGAAGCCAAACUGAAGGCCAAAUACCCUCACUUAGGUAAUAAACCCGGAGGAUCCGAUCUGCUCAGAAAAAGACUGCAGAAGGGGCCAAAGUACUUUGACUCGGGUGACUACAACAUGGCGAAGGCCAAGAUCAAGAACAAGCAGCUUCCAGCAGCGCAGACAGAGAAGACCGAGAUCACCGGAGACCACAUCCCCACUCCUCAGGACCUGCCACAGAGGAAACCCUCUCUGGUGGCCAGCAAACUGGCUGGCUGAUACCUGCUGCUGUCCUUCACUCCACACUCCCACUUCCUGUCUCUUCCUCAUUUAUCUCCGAUCCUGCAUUCCCCCCCUCAUCCUUUAUCGUUACCUGUCUUCUGAAAAUACACUGAAUAUUCAAGGGUUGCAGAUGUUACAGAGCUGUACUGCCGCACUGUGAGAUGGAUUGGGUCGUGGCUCCAAAGGGGGUGAAGUUCUCAGAAGACUUCUGAUAUUUUAAUGUGUCGUAGUAUGUAGUUGAAAGUGUACAUAUUUGCUAGUGAGUGAGGGCAAACAGCGUUUUAGGAGAUGUUUUGCAUCUUAAUUGUAAUCAUUCCUGAAUUACCCACUGCUUAAGAGGACUAGGUCACCCAAAAAUGAAAAUUCUGUCAUUUAAUCAAUGCGUAGGACUUUGUUUCCUCUGUUGAGCGCAAAGGAGAAGUUUAGUGGAAUGUCAAAGCUGUUUUUUUUGUUUUUGUCUUCAAACAAAGAAAGUCUGUAAAGGGAAAUUAAAGUAGAGCUCCAGUAAUUACAAAGCAACUGUACUAUAAGUUGUCCGCACAGAUUCAAUCUGUAGUUCUAACAACCAUUGAGGUCCACCAGAUGCGGACCUAUUCGAGGUGUAUUAUAAAAGUUGCCUAAUAAUAGUUGAUGUUGUACAAUGCCAAGCUAUCAGACUUUCUUAUCUGAGCUGAAUAGUGCUCAUCAGUGUCAUAAUGACUUGGAUGGCCAAUCAAAUCAGAGUAGGCAUUACUGUUACUGGUUAAAGAAAACGAGUGUGAAUUCCAGCAUUAUUCAGUUUUAAUGGACAAAAAGUGUGAUGUAACUAGGUCAACAAUUGAUAUUUGACAACUGUGUAUCUUGAGUUCUGAAGCCAUAUGUUAACUUUGUGUUUUUGUUUUGAAGUGUCAGUAGUACUUACACUUAAUUCAAAACCUUCAAAUGACAAAUUAAAAUCAGUCACGAGUAAUUGUUGCAGUUGCAUUUAACGCUUAUGCAAAAGCACCAUAACAUGUAGGUUUGAAUAUGCAUAAGCGUAAAUGAGUUUUGGGAGAAUUUUUAGCAAAUUACAACUUAAGUUAGCACAUAUAGCGUCAGAAGACUGAGAUCUAAAGAAAGUCAUGUGUGGCUGGAAUGAGUAAACUGUGCCAGAAUUUUCUUUUCGGGGUGAGCUUUUCCAUUAAUCAUGGAGUUAAGUGCUUGAAUCGAUAAUGAAUUGAAAGUAACUUCUAAUAAUGUGGUUGAUCUGCACCGUUUCUUUCAUGAGAACGCUUCUUUUUUUUUUGUCAUGUUUCAGCUUUAAUUGGAGGACACUUGGUUAGUCAUGUUUGAUAGCAUGAAAUGCAGAUCUCUGAGACUGCUGUCAUCUUGCCUUGUACCAUAGAGCUUAAAGCCUUAUAAAGAUGUAGUGCCAAUGCACAGAUUGGCAAGCAGUUCUAUAAUAUCACACAUCAUUUGUGUCUGGUGGUAGACUCCAGGCAGUGAGGAUGCUUCUCCACUUUCUGGUGUAUAAUAAACUCCAUGUGAUCUUCUGUACGUUGUCUUCUAUGCAGAGGAGAGAUACAGUCGGCUUCUCACACCACAUUUUCGCACUACAGUAAACUGUCCACGGUUCGCAUGAGCAUAAACUGUGGCCGCUUUUGAGCCAUUUUGACUUGUAAAUAAAAUAGUUUUGCAAACCUUC